UUGUUUUGAGGGCUCGCGUACAACCGGAACUGUCGUUUUGACACAAAGGUUCCACCCGGAGAGGUUAUCUUGUCGUACAUGCUAAUAGCUUCUAACGGAAUAUAAACAGAAAUCUUGUUCGACAUGGCAGAGACUCACAGCCUGCAGGACAUGAGGCAGCAGGCGUCCGUCGCUGCCAAAGUCUUCAUUCAGAGAGAUUACACCAACGGCACCGUGUGCCACUUCCAAACCAAGUUCCCCUCGGAGCUGGAGUCCCGGAUCAACAAGCAGCAAUUCGAGGAGACGGUGCGCACCCUGAAUAACCUGUACGCCGAAGCGGAGAAGCUGGGAAGCCAGUCGUACAUUGAGGGCUGUCUGGCCUGCCUCACGGCGUACAUCAUCUUCCUGUGUAUGGAGACCCACUAUGAGAAGGUGCUGAAGAAGAUCGCAAAGUACAUACAGGAGCAGAACGAGAAGAUCUACGCUCCACAAGGCCUCCUGCUCACCGAUCCCAUCGAGAGAGGCCUGCGAGUCAUUGAGGUUACCAUCUUUGAAGAGAGAAGCCUGACCAGAUAAAAGCUGCCACGCUGAUUGGAUUGAGCAAAGCUACAAGAACCGCAGCAGCACAACUCCAGGGGUCCCCCGCCCUCCCGGACCUCCACCCUUAAUACUGCGUCUCUACAAUCCAGCCCUUUCACUAACUACCAUGUGCAUGUCUCAUUCAGAGGAACAUGGCUUUGUGGCCAAGUUGUUAUUAAAUUAUUCUAUUUUUAUUCAGGACAUCGCCGGCCAUGUGCAUUAAAUGAGGAGUGUUAUUUGGGUGGAGAAAAAUGUAUACACUCAUUCUUCUAUACAUUUUGUCCUUUUUAAUGUGGACUAAAAGCAACUUGAACUUUUUUAUCUUUCUUUUUGGACACUCCUUUUUGAAUAUUAAUUGAUUGAUUUCUUUAAACUCUGCCAUGCGUAGUGUUCGGUGUUUGCUGUUAAUGCGUGACUGGUGUUGAAUAAGCAUAGAUGUAUAUAUUGCGAGGCUGCCUUCAAUCAAAGUCAUCAAAGUGCUCUUUUUGUUGACAGUGGCAGUAAUUUUGAAUGUUGCCUUUGUAAGUCUAAAGGGUUGGUCUCCUCCAGAGGUUUUCCAGAUUUUGAUUCAUUCCAAUGGGAUUUCCCGCUACUAGUAGAUUUGCUUAUGAUUUGCACGGUUCAAUUUAGUUGAAGUAGAAACUGUUCCACAAGUUGGCAAAGAGACUGGAGUCCACGGUACAGAUCUGUGCUUUGAACUGUUUGAAACCGCUUGCUGAUUUCUGCCAGCAGCAAGUCAACAGAAGUUACGUUAACUUAAGUUGGCAAGCUCGUUCCCAGUUCCUUGUUCAAUAACGUAUUAUUAAUUAGUGUGUGUUUGGCUGGUAAAGUUAUGAAAUCACCAUAUUUACAAGUAUAGAUUUCUGAAUGGAAGAGCUGUACCAACAACAAAUAUCCUGAUUUAUAAAUAUGUAAUUACCAUUUUAUUAAUAAUGUUUUAAUUUAGCUCGUACCGGAUAUAUCUGAACUUUGCUUAAGUUUUUCUGAUUUUUUUUCAGUCUAAAUCCAAGAUGUUAUUGAUCUAAAAGUUGUACACCAACAAAUAAAAUGUGUACCUAUUUUAAA